CUUAUUCUCACCUUGUUACAGGUGUGGACACUGCCAACGGCUGCAGCCGACUUGGAACGACCUGGGAGACAAGUACAACAGCAUGGAAGAUGCCAAGGUCUACGUGGCAAAAGUAGACUGCACGGCCGACUCGGAGGUGUGCUCGGCCCAGGGGGUGCGAGGAUACCCCACCUUGAAGUUUUUCAAGCCUGGCCAAGAAGCCGUGAAGUACCAGGGUCCUCGGGACUUCCAGGCACUGGAAAACUGGAUGCUGCAGACGCUGAACGAGGAGCCCGCCACACCAGCACCAGAAGUAGAACCGCCCAGAGCCCCCGAGCUCAAGCAGGGGCUGUAUGAGCUCUCAGCCAGCAACUUCGAGCUGCACGUCGCGCGAGGCGACCACUUUAUCAAGUUCUUCGCUCCGUGGUGUGGUCACUGCAAAGCUCUGGCUCCGACCUGGGAGCAGCUGGCUCUGGGCCUUGAACAUUCCGAAACUGUCAAGAUUGGCAAGGUUGAUUGUACACAGCACUAUGAACUCUGUUCCGGAAACCAGGUUCGUGGCUAUCCCACUCUUCUCUGGUUCCGAGAUGGUAAAAAGAUUGAUCAGUACAAGGGAAAGCGGGAUUUGGAGUCGCUGAGAGAAUAUGUGGAAUCACAGCGCCAGAGCGCAGAGAGGGGCGCCCCGGAGAUGGUGGAGCCUUCGGAGGCCCCAGCACCGGCUGCCGAGCCUGUGGCCGACCAGGGCACUGUGUUGGCACUCACAGAAAAUAACUUUGAUGACACCAUUGCAGAAGGAAUAACCUUCAUCAAGUUCUAUGCUCCAUGGUGUGGUCAUUGUAAGAAUCUGGCUCCUACUUGGGAGGAACUCUCUAAAAAGGAAUUCCCUGGUUUGGCAGAGGUCAAGAUCGCCGAAGUGGACUGUACUGCCGAACGGAACAUUUGCAGCAAGUACUCGGUACGAGGCUAUCCCACAUUGUUGCUUUUCCGUGGAGGAAAAAAAGUCAGUGAGCACAGUGGAGGUAGAGACCUCGACUCCUUGCACUACUUUGUUCUGCGCCAGGCAAAAGACGAACUGUAGAAACCCAGAUGGAAGUCACCGCUCCUGCCCGGCCUCCUGCACCCUGUGUAUUGGAGCUAAACCAUGCGGAUGUUGCUGAGUUUUAAAUGGUGGUUAUUCGGAAAGCUGAAUGUACUAAACUUGUGGUAUCUUCUU